AUGCUGAUAACAAUACCAGAAAGGUUCAUCAAUAUAUUUCGAUUGAAUCUGACAAUUACCAUCAACCAGGAACCCGCAUCGUGAGUAGGUUGCUUAGCCAACGGCUUCGUAAACAAGUCCGCGAUCAACCUCAUUUCGACCACACCUUUUCGAAAACCGACAACCUGCAACAUAGCAAGGCCAACAGAGUCGCAAAAAUGGCGUCAAAAUCAUCAUCAGGACGGGAAAAGUCCAAGACGCAUAAGCUAGCGAUCAAAGGGUCCUCGAAAAUCGUCGCGGAGUUUUUCGAGUAUGGGAUCAACACGAUACUAUACCAACGUGGAGUGUACCCGGCCGAAGACUUUAUGGCGGUCAAAAAGUACAACCUCAAUAUGCUCGUAGCCAGCGACGACCAAGUCAAAGCCUAUAUUAAGAAGAUCAUGUCGCAGCUGAACAAAUGGAUGGUCGGCGGGAAGAUCAACAAGCUGGUGGUGGUGAUAACCGACAAGGAGACGGGGGAGCACGUUGAGCGAUGGCAGUUUGACGUACAAAUUCUCGGUGGCGGCAAAUCGAGCAAGAGCCGGGCGGCAAAGUCAUCAACAGGGGAUAAGGAGAAUACAGCACCAGAGUCAGCAUCAGCGGACGCCGCAUCACAGGAGAAGACCCUCCAAGAGAUUCAAGCCGAAAUCCAACAUCUAUUCCGACAGAUCACUGCAUCGGUUACAUUCCUCCCGAUGUUGACAAAUCCUUGCACAUUCAACGUAUUGGUGUACGCCGAUGCGGACUCAGAAGUCCCGGUUGAGUGGGGCGACUCUGAUGCGAAGGAGAUCAUCAAUGGAGAAAAGGUUCAAUUACGGAGUUUCAGCACAAGCAACCAUCGGGUUGAUGCUGUUGUGAGCUACAGAUUCGGCGACUGAACGAGGCUGCUUUUGAGCGAUGAUACCUUUUAUUUACAUGUUUAUUAGCGUCCAUGGUCGGUUUUCGGUGGAAAGCCUCACGUUCUGGUUGUUCCUAAUAGGUCAGCAAAUUCAUCAGCACAAGGCUUCCUGUACUUUUUUAGGUGCCAGCAGCGGUCAGUUGU